AUGGUCGAUGGUAUUAUGGUCGAGAAUCGACCGGAACUCGUAGUUAUUGUCGCCAUGAUCGUCGUAAAAGUGGGUGCACUGGGGCCCUCGGGACCGUUCGGCCGGUACGGGCCCGUCGAAGGUGGGCCUGCUGGUGCUGGUGCUGGUGCUGGUGGUGGUGGUGGAGGUGCUGGAGGUGCUGGUGGGCCUGUCGAGGGAGCGGUGGCAGGGGUGGCCGCUGUCGCGGCUGGGGAGGUGGAGGGCUACGGGAGCGCCGGUGGCGGUGGCGGUGGGCUGGGAGGGGGACCCGGGGGGGUUGGUACCCCCCGGAUAAGGCUCGGCGGCUCUUGCUGCACGCGCCUUUCCGUCACCCAGGCUUGUAGCAUAGAUGCAACCGAAAUGCAACGUGAAUGCAAUUCAGAUGCAACCCCUCUUUACGUUUUUAUUUUUUAUUCAUAA